AUGGAGAUGUUUGAAGCACACAACGAAGGCCCAGGUUUUGUGGGUAUUCGGUUCUCUGAGAAGUGUACAAUUUUGCUUGGUCCGAGGGAGAUCAAAGAAGAGGGAGGUAUCGGGUGCAGAAACUGUGAUUACCAACAGGAGGCAGACAACAGAUGCAUCUAUGUGAACAAAAUCAUGCACGAAGUCGAUGAGCUGACACAGAUUGUUGGUGAUGUAAUUGCUGACCCGACCCUGCCCCGUACAGAAGAUCACCCGUGCCCCAAGUGCUCUCACAGAGAGGCCGUCUUCUUUCAGUCUCACAGUACCAAGGCAGAGGAGGGUAUGCGACUGUACUACGUAUGCACCAACGCUCAGUGUAUGCAUCGAUGGACCGAGUGA